AUGGUUCGUAUUUUCAUUUUUAUCACUCUUGUAUUAGUUUAUGUGUCUUGUCAACAAUCAGAAGACACUGCCACAGUUACCAUUGAUUUGAAUACAUCACAAUCGUGGUAUGAAGAAACAACUGAACAAUCAGUAUUAGAACUAAGUACUAAUAUCGAUGUGACAAAUUCAUGGCAACAACAAACAACUGAGCAGCCAUCAUUAGACUUGAGUACUGAUGAUGUCAAUAAUACAGAAUCAUGGGAAAAUUCUACAAAUGUAACAACACAACAAACAACUACUAUUAGUACAACUACAUGUUCACCAAGUAUCACACCUGAUAUGCUUGAAAUAGUUAAGAAAGAAAUAAUUGAUUCAAUUUAUGUUGCUAUUUCAAGUGAAAUAACUAGUAAAUUAGAAGCAAUGGAAGAACGUCUAUCGACAUUAACUUGUUCAAGUAAUCAACCUUCAACACCUAUAGAAUUAGAUUGGCAAAUAUAUGAAAAUCUUCAAAUUCCAUUAAAUGGUUGGUUACGUGUUUUUGAUCGACCAUAUAGUCACAAGACUCGUAUAGAUGAUCUUAAUCAAAUUGCUGGUAUAUGUCAUAAACAUGUUCUUGUUGCUGCUACAUAUAAUCAAUCGAUAUCAUUAGCAGCUGUUGGUCCAGCAAGUAUAUUAACAUUAAAUACAACAUGGAAUGUACCACAACAAUUUGGUCAAGUUUAUUGGUAUCGUACAAGUGGAAAAUCGUUUGGCUUUUCUCCAACCGUGACUAUUCGACAAACGUCAGCUGAUAAUGCAGAUCUUGAUAGUCCUUUACGUCUUAGUUGGUUAUUAGAUCAGAAUAUGGGUGGUUAUAGAUCUGGUAGUACACGUUCACUUGCUGAGAAUUCACUUUGGCAUAAAGUUAUUUAUUGCAACUAA